UGCCGUGAGCCCCGCGCUCUGUGCCAUGGGGCCAGACCUGGGCUGGGCCGCGCUAGUGCUGCUCUUCGCCGCCUCGCUGCUCACCGUGGCGGCCUGGCUGCUCCAGUACUGGCGGUCCACGGCCCUGCGAGCACUACGGCGUCGCGGAGCGGCGGGGGAGGAGGCCGGGGCCCGGGCGCUGCUCGCGGCCCUUCUCGCCCUGAGGUCCCUACGGGAGCAGUGGCAGCGAGCUUGGGUGCGAGCUCUCAACAGCCAGGCGCGCCGGCACGGGAGUUCAGUGCAGAUCACAUUUGAAGAGGGUCCUCAGUUACCACAAGCUGCCAAUAUAAGUUGUGUGACAUGCAAGGGACAGUCGGACCACAGCAUGGUGCUGUGGUGCCAUCUGUCAGCUGAAGCUGUGAAAUUCCCUGUCUCUGUUACUCAGCAGUCCCCAGUUGCUGUUUCUGUGGACACGUAUCAUGUCACUUUGGCUGUGCUGCAGGCUCAGGUGGAGAUCCACUUGGAGGAGAUACAGAAUGAGGGUCUCCUGGUGUCAUGGACAUUCAAAGACAGACCAGACUUGGACCUUUUUGUUCUUCCACGACUUGGGCUUCCUGAGAAGGAUGAAGGGAGAGCAGAUUUGUCCACUAUAAAGGAUCUGGUCGAGGAUACCAUUGUCAGCACGAAGCCAGCCAUGAUGGUGAAUUUGUUGGCCUGUACCGCUGGAGCCAGUGCGGUACCCAGCAAUAAGUUGACUCGAGAGUGCCCGUCCAGAGUAGCAGCAGCCCCUCUGGGUUCUAAGCUGUUGCUCCGGAAUCUUCGAGUGCUGAACUUGGGCUGCCAGGGAAAGGGAGGAGUUGGGGAGAUAUGCUGUGUGGCAGAGCUAGACAGCCCCCCGCAGCAGAAGUGGACGAGGCCAGUGAUAGGUGGCAGUGUCGGUGCUGCCGGAGAGAUGGAGUGGAAUGACGAGUUCUUUCUGGAGUUGGGACCUAGAAGCAAAGAACUGAAACUACAGGUGCUGAAGAGCAGCGAUGGAGGGGGAAAUGUGCUGCUGGCAUAUGCCACACUUUUGAUAGAUUCUUUGGACAAGCAGCCGUCUGGGAGACAGGUCUGCUCACUGGCCCCAGGAGCUGGACAAUCACUGACAGCUGAAGCUACCAUUACAUUGGAGCUGCUGUUCCAGGAGUCUCCUGCAUCUCUGAAUGCUCCACAUGCCACAUCUCUGAGAACCAGCAUCACCCCCACUAAGAAGGUGGAGAUGGACCGGACCAUCAUGCCUGACGGCACCAUUGUGACUACUGUCACCACAAUUCAGUCCCGGCCCAAGGCAGACUGCAAACUGGAUUCACCAUCGAGGUCGCCUUCCAAAGUGGAAGUGACUGAAAAGACAACAGUGCUCUUGGAGACUGGCCGUCCUCAUGGCCACUUGCCCAGCAGUAGCCGGGAUAGCCAUUUGCCCAAUGGCUUGGAUCCGGUGGCUGAGACGGCAAUCAGGCAGCUAACUGAGACGAAUAACAGGACCACCAAGAAGACACCGACGAAACGUAGUACACUGAUCAUCUCAGGAGUGUCCAAGGUACCUAUUGCUCAAGACGAAAUGGCACUUUCUCUGGGUUAUGCUGCAUCCCUGGAGGCCACAGCGUAUGGGGACUCUGAGGCAGACAGCACAGCUGACCAGAUGCACGAUUUUUCUGAAUUGUCGCGGCCACUGGAAGCGUUGCCAUUGGGUCAAAGGGACAGUCAGGAGCUGGAUGAGACAACGCGAUCAGAUGUCUCUGAAAGACCAUCCGUGGAAGAUGUUGAGUCUGAAACUGGCUCCACAGGAGCCCUUGAGACAAGGAGCUUGAAAGAUCACAAAGUUAGCUUUCUUCGGAGCGGUACCAAGCUCAUCUUCCGGAGAAGGAGCAAGCAGAAGGAAGCAGGCCUGAGCCAGUCACACGAUGACUUGUCCAAUGUCACUGCCAACUCCACCACCAGAAAGAAAACUGGUAGCUUCUCUCACCGCCUCAUCAAACGCUUCUCCUUCAAGUCUAAAUCCAAACCCAAAGGUAGUGACAACACAACAGCUGGUGAAAACUGAAGGAGGGAGAAGCCCAUUGGAAAGAUUUCUCAGAGAUUGUUUUCUAGUCUCUUGUCUUCCCACUCCAUGGUAUCUGUGACUUGAAGUCCAGUUCUUUCUAACCUUGGCUGAGGGAGGACACCCCAGUGCUUUAUGCCGUUUGGGGAGCAGAGGUGGCAAACGCAGGACUUAGGUUGUUUGGCUGCCUUGGCUUAGCCUUCUCUGCUUGUUGCACCCUACUGUGCUCUCCCAGAAAAUCCAGGUGGCAUGCUAAUCCCCCUGGGGGUUCCAGGAACUGCAGAAAUUACUCCGUGUGUGUCAUCAGGUGCCUCAUGGAAACGGGGGGCAGGUCUGUCAAGUGGCAACCUUCAGAGUUAAAAUCAAGAAACUACUGGGUUAGCUAUAGGGCCAAGAAGUGUGACAUGUAGCCUCAUUCAGUCUUCUAGUGGCAGAGAAUGACACAGUCACUGAUGAUCUAAACACUGUUAUUGCUUGUGCUUGGUGCAGAGGCUGUAACUUGAGGUGUGCUGCAGGGUGAUGUGUUCCUGAGCUGUGAGCUCUCAGAAGACAGCUGUCAGCUGUCGAAGUUGUGGUCCUCCACCUGGCUCUGCCAUUGGAACAGUGUCUGGUUCAGACAGCUCUGAGGAACCCCUGUUUUCUGUGCUCUGUUGGUGAAGGAAGAAGUCUCUAAGAAGAAGGAAGUUUUAACUACUGUACAAGUUUUCACGGAAGCCUGAGCCUUCGCAAGAAUGCCCGGUCAGUGCUGUUGGUUCUGCCACCCUGUGCAGCCACCCCGUAACACAACACUCCUUCCACAUCUGUGUUCUUGAAUAGGGAAGGGGCUGUACUGAGUGCACACACCAGCUAUUCCCUUGCUCUUGGGGGUGGUUUGGGAUGUUCCCAAAGGGCUGCCAGGCUGUCUUCCAGACCUGCCGAGUGUCCAGUCUCGUGCUGUCAUGGUUCUCAUGCCAAGGACUGGCACCAUGCUGGGGAUGGAUGGCAAGGAAUAAGGCAAGGAAUGUAGUGAAGGGCAGUCUAAUGGGGAGACAGAAGAGGCUUGCACGUGGCAGAAAGAGGCAAGAGUUUAUAUAUUGUCACUGAUGGGUUUCCUUUCGUAGGGGGAAUCUUUCUGGAUUGUAUUUGGUAUUUCCUUUCUUCUCACAAACACGCACCCCUCUGUUCAAACAGAGGACAUUUCUGCAGCAGGUACUUGCAAAGAGGGAGAAGUGGGCAGGGGGAGACAUAAAAUCCCUGUGCAGGAGGACACUGUCCUUCUAGGGAAACAGUUGUCCGGUCUCCUGGUCCAUCCAUACACAUUUUAUCUAUAAUAUCCCCAGAAGUUCCCUUCAGAUAGCGCAUAACAAUGCUCUUUGGAGAAACACUCAUGUCCUGUCAACAUGCCUGGUUUGAGAGAAACCUCCUGCUAUCCUGUGGGUUGUUGAGCUAAGGAGGUAGGACUGAGGGGAGGAGAUACCUCACGGAAGAGGUAUUUCCCAGGCCUGACUGUAUUCUCUAGCUCUGCUCUUCCAUCAGAAUAUCUCCUGUGGUAGUGUCUGCUGUCCUUCCUUGUACAGGAUGCUGCCAACUGAAAAAGCAGUUCUCUUGGUGGCGCAGGUAAAAUGUGUUUCUUGUAAGGACAAACCCUGGCUUGCUGAUACCGCUGCCGUGUGCCAUUUCCAAGGACCAGAAUGUGUUUGUUGUGCUGCUGCAAAAGGAUUUACAGGUGGCUGUUUCUUCUGAAUUUGUACAGGUGGGGAAGGCCAGUGUUACCGAGGGUUGUAACUGAAAGUGCCUGUGUGUGCUAGCAGGAGGGACUCUUGGCUGUUUUUCCUGCUGAUUCCUCACGUGAUUUGGCAUGUAUGAAUCUGAAAAAUCAUAUUGGUUCAGCUGGCUGACCAGGAACCUCUACAUCUGUUUUGGUCUGGGAGUCUUUGUUGUCCACAAACUCUGUCGGGUCUUUUAUCCUUUGUUUCUUUGUUGCUUGUCCGCAUGACACUGUGGCUUUGUUUGCACUUCCAUGCACUAUGGAUGCCAGAGAACUCGCUGUUUCUCGCCGAGAAUGAUUUUCCUCGAUGUCAGUGACUGGUUUGCGCUACAGUGCCAUUAGAACUUGGCCAUCUGUAGCUUGCCUAUAGCAAUCCAACCACAGAUUUCACAUCACACCUUCUUUGGCUGGGUUGGUGCGGUGCUGUCACAUGCGGUCUGACACACCCUUGUUCUCAAAGUCUCGGAGUUUGGUUUCAAUUUGGUACUCUCUCUCGCACCAUCCCCUCUAUGACUUGUAGCUAUGACAUACUUUAUGUUCCAUUUUUGGAUUUUAUUUAUUCAUUAGGACACCAUCUCAAGGUACUAAACCAUGAAGAUUUGAGUCCAGACAGCACCACUUCUCUGGCACGAAACUGUGAAGCCUUGCACUAGAAAUGCUGGUUUGAGCAGAAGAGCCUGUGGCCUUUCAUUUGUGGGUUAGUCAAGGACCUACCAUGAGUCUCAUUUGAUAGUCCUGUGUUCUUUUCUUUAAACUGUAAGAGCUUGAGCUGUCUUGGUGUGGAGUGGCUGGAGGUGAACACCAUUCACCGUUCUAAGGAAUCAGGGAUCUGAGGCUCAUGGACACAAGGAGGACUGUGAGGGCUAGCCAAUGUUAUCCUUGUCACUGUAGACUGGAGGCAGAAAAGGCAAGGUUUCUGUCUGACAAACACAUACCUAGAUUCUUGACCAGCAUAUUUUGGUCUGGCUUGUAGGAGGAGGUGAUAGGAAAGGGAGUUAAACAGAAGCUCAAGUUACUCACUGGCCUUGGGGACCCUUUCUAGCUAUGUUAAAUGGGCAGUUCCUGUCAUACAUCUGUUUUCCUGUUUUGUUCCUGGUUUGUUGGCUCCAGGCUAUGCCCGCCAGUGACUUGCAGUGGAGAUACGGUUUUUGAUUUUGAACUUGAUGUGGCGGAAGACAUCUGCACUGUGUUUGGCCAAGAGAAUGGUAUGUGGGAAGCAUGCCAGUAGGGGCAUAUCUUCCCUUGAAUUUUUAGCAGUGUUUUUUACCACUGGCAGUGAAUUGUGCUGCAAAUCAGUAUCUGGUUAAAUGGCUUGCAAAGGAAAGGGAUGUUGUCGAGUGCUGGCAGAGCACAUCUUCAAAUAUUAGGUCCUACAUCUGGUUGUGUUUCCUAGAAGAGAUGUAUUUUCUGACAUUUUGUUGCUUCUCCAAGUUGUACAGCAUAGGAGUGCUAUUGUAACCUGUUGUCUUCUUUUGAAUAUUCUCUAUAAGUCCAGACUGGUUUUCAGGGUGUUUGUCAAAAGUACUGUUUGAGGAACAGAGGGAUAGCAGGGUAUGGGUCUGCUGUGUGCAUUGAAAAUUUUUUGGUUCUGAUACUCUCCUCAUUAAACGUGUUGAUCUUUCCUCUUCUUAUCUGAGCAAGGCUUUCUUUCUGGCCCACAAAGAUGUUUUCAUCCCCCAGGCAGUAGGUGCCGUUUUUUUUUAAUCCUGACUUUAAGAGCACAGGUUCCUGGUUCCUCAAAGGCAUGAAUGGUAAUGAAUUUGCCUCGUGGUGGAGGUGUGGUUAUUGGUAUGAGAAACAAUUUGUCUAUCCUAAUUUUCUCAGAUGGAAAGAGAACGUCGCACAGGGUUCUCCAGAAGCUGCAGAGAUGAAGUCCCCAGGAAUUUCCCCCCACAGAAUAGCUGCUUUCAGAAACCUCUUUUGUAUUAAAUGUAUUCUGUGUUUCUGGCUUUAGGACAGAAGAAAUGCUA